AACGGAAUAUUAGUCAUAACUACUGCCAGCUGAUUUUACAUAUUAAAUUUUAAAUAGUAAAAGUAGGGUUAGUGUAACUCGUGCUAUCGAAAAUGUCUCAACAAAAAUCGAAAAAAUCAACUUUUUGGAUGCAAUGUGACCAUUGUUCAAUUUUUCUAAAUACAAAAGAUACAGAUCAACAUAAUAAUGAUUGUCCACCCGAUAUUAAAGUCGGAGCCUAUAAUUUUGUGAAAAAUGAAAUUCUCUAUGGAACGUUGGAUCAAAAAGUAAAUGAAGAGAUAAAAAAUAUAUCUUCUAAAGAUAAAGAAAACCUAGUGUUUUUAAGUGAAUCUGUAAUUAGAUUGUGCUCUUUAGCCAUUGGUGAUUAUGCAGUAAUUAGUUGUUUAAAUAAUAAAAUACCUCCUGUAGCGAAAAUUGUAUGGCCUACCACGGAGAAAUCACUUACUUCAGUAUUAUUUACUAAAAAUGCUUUGGACAUAGGUUCUUUAGAAAUUAACGAAAGGGUUGCUGUUAAAAGAUUACCAAUACCAGUAUCUGAAGCUACGUCAAUAUCGUUAUUAAUAAUUAAUAGACCCAAAUCUUUAGACAUAACUCCAGAACUCUAUAAUAGAUUAAGUAAAACUUAUGAAAACAAAAUUAUUACUAAGGGAAAUUUCAUUAGUGUUAUGUUUUAUGGAAAAGAGUUGAAAUUUGAGGUAAAAACAUUGGAAUCCUCAAAUCACCGUGAUGAUUCUGAUUUAACUAAUUAUUUUAGCGAACUUUGUAUUGGUGAUCAACAGCCAUUUUAUAAAGUUACAUCAAAAACAAAAUGGACAUGUUUCAAGGAUGAAGAAUCUUUUCAAAAAGAGUUUGAAAACAAAGUUUUCGAACGACCUGCCGGAGUAGAAGAAGAAAUUAACGAGAUCGUAGAUUUAAUAAAUUCCUGUUUUGAAAAUUCCGUUAAUAAAUCUCGAACAAAAGCCGUAUUACUUUACGGACAUUCCGGCACAGGAAAAACAAUGAUAUCGCAAUACAUUUCUUCAAAAUUCAAUGCGAAUAUCGUGAAUAUCGGCUCUCCAGAUCUAUGUAGCACCAAUUCUAGUUCAAUAGAAAAAUAUAUCAAACAGUUAUUUGCCGAAGCCGCAGAUAAUUCUCCCAGUAUAAUUAUUUUGGACGAAUUCGAUAUAAUUUGCCCAACAAGAGGUACGAGAUUAACCGAAACAGAAAAGCGAAUUGUUUCUACUUUCCUGAAAAUAUUCGACGAGCUACACAGCCGACAAUUGUUAAAAAUAUUCGUACUGGCAACAUCAAACAAACCCGAUAACAUAGAUCCAGCUUUUAGAAGAUGCGGUAGACUCGACAGAGAAAUAGAAAUACCUACACCGAGUCCUCGAAGUAGAAGAGCGAUUCUACAAACACUUUUAACCCAAAUGAACAUCCGAAUAGACGAAAAUAACCUUCAACAUGUAGCCAUGAAUACACACGGUUACGUAGGAUCAGAUCUGGUUGCUCUGUGCUCUAUGGCAGCCUUGAACGCUAAUAGAAACAAACGGCUUGUUAAAAUUGAAGAUUUUGAAUAUGCACUGAAACGAGUUAGGCCUAGUGCGAUGAGGGAAGUACAGAUAGAGAUAUCGAAUGUUAAAUGGAGCGACAUCGGUGGUCAAGAAAAAUUAAAAAUGAUACUAAAACAAGCAAUCGAAUGGCCUUUGAAACACCCCCAAAGCUUUUUGAGAUUAGGAGUAACACCUCCUAAAGGAGUGUUGAUGUUCGGACCACCAGGAUGUUCUAAAACGAUGAUAGCCAAAGCGCUGGCUUGCGAAAGUGGUUUAAACUUCUUAUCGAUUAAAGGUCCAGAACUUUUCAGUAAAUGGGUGGGAGAAUCGGAACGAGCGGUUAGGGAAGUGUUCAGAAAAGCACGUCAAGUGGCGCCGUCUAUAAUUUUUUUCGACGAAAUUGAUGCUUUAGGUGGCGAACGGGGAGGUAGUACUUCCGGUACCAACGUACAGGAAAGGGUAUUGGCUCAAUUAUUGACGGAAUUAGAUGGUAUCACACCUUUACAGGACGUUACGAUUUUAGCCGCAACGAACAGACCGGAUAGGAUAGAUAAGGCCCUUCUUAGACCCGGAAGGUUAGACAGGAUCGUUUAUGUUCCUCUACCCGACGAACAAACCAGGAAGGAAAUAUUUAGGAUCAAAUUUAUAAAAAUGCCGACUACAGGUGUGGAUAUCGAUGACCUGGUGAAGAAAACUAAUAAUUAUUCAGGGGCUGAAGUGAACGCUGUUUGUCACGAGGCGGCUAUGAUGGCUUUGGAAGAAAAUUUGGAAAGCAGAUUUGUGGAAAUGAAACAUUUCGAAAAAGCUCUGUGUUUAGUAACACCACGCACGCCUUCUAAUCUAAUUAAUUUGUACGAAAAUUAUUUAUCGAAUAAAAUUUAAUUUUAAAA